UCGAGACUCUGAUGGACCGCAGAGCAACACGUGUCUGCUUCCUCCCGCCAGCCUGAUUAGGAUCCUCUUAAUUAUUUAUUAACGCCGGGAAUAUUUUAUUUGUAUCAUUAUUUUCUUAUAUUCUGAUUCUUAUUAUUCUUAUUUUCUUUUUUUUUUGUAUCAUUUUUGCAUUAUAAUAAUAAUAAUAAUAUUUAUUAUAAUUAUUAGGCUUUUUUUGUAUUGGCAUUAAUAUUGUUAUUACUAUUAUCAAUAUUAUUAUUAUUAUUAUUAUUAAUAAUAAUAAUAAUAAUAAUAAUAACACUAAUAAUAUUGGUCUGCUCGCGACUCAUGUUGCCGCCGCGCUGAGCGGAACUUGGAGACACACGUGCUAACUUUCGGAGGAUGGCGAGUUUGAUUCUACUGUGCGUCCUGCUGCUGUGGCCCUUGAGCAGCGGCUCCGAGGUGGUGGACGUGUUGGUGAUUCUCCCCAAAAACAACUCCUACCUCUUCUCGUACCCGCGCGUCGCACCCGCCCUCCAGUACGCGCAGCGGCGGCUGCGGGGCGCGGACCCGCACGGCGCGCUGACGUUCAACCUGAGCUACGCGGACUCGGAGUGCGGGAACUCCGCGCUCUUCAGCCUGGUGGACGGCUCGUGCGAGAAGCGGCCGGACCUCAUCCUCGGUCCCGUGUGCGAGUACGCAGCCGCGUCGGUCGCACGCCUGGCGUCGCACUGGGACAUCCCCAUGGUGACGGCGGGCGCGCUGGCCGCCGCCUUCAGCCAGAAGAGCGGGGAGUACUCCCACCUGACGCGCGUGGCACCGUCCUACCUGAAGAUGGCCGAGACCUUCGCCGCUAUGUUCCAGCACUUCUCCUGGAGGAGCGCCCUGCUGGUGUACGAGGACGACAAGGAGGAGCGGACGUGCCACUUCACCCUGGAGGCCGUGUUCCUGCUGCUCGACCCCGAUCUCCACGACCACCUCCGCACCCACAUGCUCAGCGGGGCGCGCGAUGAGCGGCUGGACGCGGAGGAUCUGCUACACGCCGUUCGCGAGGCGGAAGUGGUCAUCAUGUGUAUGGGAGCAGACGUGAUCCGGGAGGUCAUGCUCGCCGCCCACCGAAGACGGCUCACCGACGGGAGCACCGUUUACUUCAACAUCGAACUCUUCAACACGUCUUCCUACGGCAACGGCUCGUGGAAGCGAGGAGAUAAGUUGGACACAGAGGCCCGCCUAGCCUACGCCUCACUCAACACCGUCACUCUCCUCAAAACGGUCAAACCCGAGUUCCAGAACUUCUCCAUGGAAGUGAACAGAUCCAUCCAGAAGGAGCGCUUGGCCGACUGCCAGGACUGUGGAAGUAUCAACAUGUUCCUGGAGGGGUUCCAUGAUGCCCUGCUGCUCUACGGCAUCGCUCUGCAUGAAGCCACGAGGAAGGGCUUCAGCAAGAAGGACGGCGCGCAGAUCACCGCACACAUGUGGAACCGCACCUUCGAAGGCAUCGCGGGCCCUGUCUCCAUGGACGCCAACGGGGACCGGGAGCAGGACUUCAGCAUCAUGGCCAUGACCCGGCCGGAGGAGGGCUCCUACGAGGUGGUCGCCAACUACUUUGCGAUCAAUGGGAGCUUCCAGGUUCUGCCGGCGUUCAACACGGACCGCUUCACGCUGCGGGGGCGGCGCAAGCCCUCCCCCCCGACACCCGAGAAAUCAUACGGUCUGGGGGUCUCGGCUCUGACAGGCAUCAUCGUGGGGGCUCUGCUGGGGACCGCCCUGCUGAUGGCCUUCUACUUCUUCAGGAAGAACUACAGGAUCAGCAUCGACCGGCGGACGCGUCUGGAGCAGUGUGACAUCGGGAAGCACCGGCAGCUGAGAGAGGACUCCAUCAGAUCCAACUUCUCUGCUGCAUAG